AAUCGUCCAAAGCGGCGUUAUUGUAGACUUACUGAGUUCUCACCUCUUAUUAUUUAUAUUAUUGAAUGUGGAUCUCUAUAUGCGUUAUCAACUAUUUCGAUUCCCAACCAGGACUUAUUGACAUGCUUAUGGGAUACAUUUAGACGUACACAAGUGUCAUUAAUCUGUUUCUGUAACAAUGUCAAGUGUUGCAACCUCUGGUUUGCUUGGUCCAACUUCUGGUCUCAUUCCUCAAGUGGUAGGGAAUAACAUUGAAGGUGAAAACGAAAUUUCCACCCACAAACUUCAAAAGAAACCUCAGGAUUUUGAUUCGGAGACUGAGUCAGAUUCUUCUACGGAUGAUGAAGAUGACACAAGCGAUGAUGAUAAGCGACUCGCUGACAAUCCGAUAUUGAAAGAGCGCUUAAAACAACUCGAUCGAUAUGCUACUCCGAUAAAGCAUCAUACACUCUCACCAGUCCAGAUUAUUGAUCCCCACAUACUUCCAGGAGUGUAUGUUACAAAUUUACCAUCUGACCAUACACCCAAUAACGGUUCCCUCUCUAUCCAUGGAAAAUCGAGUGGACCUUCUGAGCUGAUGGACAGUAGUUUGACGCCCCCAGAAUAUCGCUCUCGUCAACUUUCUCUUGUUGAAUCUCCUACCCCCUGUAGUGGUCCUGCUUCUCUCAAUACAUCCGUCACUCCUAAACGUAAUCUUUCUCCACCAUAUGCCAUUUUGUGUGCAAGCACGAAUGUCUCUGGACCGACUUCCCAACAUGAGGUUUCAGAUAUUUCUGGUGCGUACCCUCAUUUAUCAAGUUCAUUACCAUGUAAGUCUAAUGAGAUUCCAUCCUCAUACGCUUAUGGUCCAUCUCUUAACUCAUCUGAUAUAAUGCGUUCAAAUGACAUGUGUUUUGAUGAAGUUGAAGACGGUCAAGCCUGCAUAUGCGAAAUAUGUCAUGUUGUCUUUGCUAAUCAAUCUUCCCUGCAAAGUCACAUGAAAAAGCACAUAAAGCAUGAUACUAAACGACACCAGUGUGAUCAGUGUCCGUACUCUACACAGUAUAGCAAGAACUUAUUCAAACACAUAGAAUCAACGCAUACUGCCGAUAAUACCCAGGAGUUUCGCUGUGAAGGUUGCAGUCGGUGCUUUACGAAUGAAAAUCUCCUCCGUGACCAUGAUUGCAUUUUGGCUCAAUACAAUACCUAUCGGUGCAACGAAUGUGGCAGGGUAUUCAAGACAAAACUGCGCCUAAAGUACCAUGCAGAUGUGCACAACCCUCGGAAACCCUAUGUAUGUGAUAUAGAAGGUUGUGAUCGAGCAUUUCGCACACCAAAAUAUCUCAAAAACCAUCGCGACGAGUUUCACAGAAUGCAUCCCAAAAACUAUGCUUGUCCAGUAGGACAGUGUGAUCUAGUUUUCCAUCGAAAAACCCAUCUAAAGCGCCAUAUCGCUGCACAUGAUGAUUCGGAGAAGAAAUACCACUGUCAGUGGCCUAAUUGCCAGCGUCGUUUUUGCAGUGAAGAAACGUUGAACCUUCAUCAUCGUAAACACACGGGUGAAAAGCCUUUUAAUUGUGCUCUUUGUUUAUAUAAUUGUUACGAUAAACCAAGUUUAAAUGAACAUUAUCAACUACAUCAUACGAAGGAUACAAAUAUUGUUUAUAAUUCUGAAGAUCUUGAUCACCAAAUGGCUUCAUCCAACCCAUCACAACAUACUUCAGAAAAACUUGCUUACAGAAGACCUUUUGAUACUAGGACUUUAGUAACAAGAACAUCUACCCCUGUUCCAACUCUGCGCCAUAGAAUGGCUGACAUUCUAGAUUCAUGUACUUCUCAGGUUCCUGGACCUCUUGAUGCAGAAAUUAAUGGUAUUUUGGAUAGCUUUGACAAAGAACCAGACCUACCAGACUUAUUUAGUAGUGGACCACUUGAAGUGGAUCGUCCAGCUACAGAACUCAAGUUUACAAAUAAUUUGAACCAGAACUUCAGUGGUCGAAUUUCUCCACUUCGUCAAAACAGCCAAUCAUCUUGCGUGGCUGCAUUGCCGCCAUCCUCCUCAGUUAAUUCCACAAAUGCGGACUCUGGGACAUCUGAAUCAAGUUUCACAUCAGUUUUGCCUAAUAUUCUCUCCGAGCUUCAGCGUGCAGAACUAUCGGGUUCCACUGAAGAAUUCGAAAAAGUCAAAUCGCAUGUUUUAUCUGUACUUCCGACAUUUGUGAUUGGAGACGAACUAACUACACAGAUUAACGAGAUUGUGGACGAAGUUAAUGAUGCAUUGGCAGGUCAACCAUUUCAUGUUAUACGGGCAGCUUUCCUUACAACUCGGCCUUUUACUCAUGAAGAAUCGUAUAUGGUUGAUCUACUAGAACAGCAAAUGUUAUCUGAGUCUUCUUUAAUAGCCCCAAAUCCUCCCAGAAGACGUGGUAGGCGUCCUAAACUUCAACAACAACUACAACCUUACCUUCAGCGUAUAUUUUGUUUAGAAUCUGGCGCAGCAGAAUCGAUGGCAUCACAUUUAGUUGAUGUUUCGCAAAAAGAUAAGUCCACAAAUCAUUACGCAUACUACAGAAGUGUUGGGUUUGGAAGAAGUAGAGGUCAUCGUGGUCGUGGUAGGUCUGGUAAACAUCUUUCUCUGACUACGAAACUUCUUUCUGAUGAAUCAGUUUCCAGAACUAACCAUUUUAAUCGGUCUCUGUAUCAUCCAUCAGAAAUAAACAUGUGCACCGAUGGAUUUACAAGUAAAAGUCGGUGCGGUGACAUACAAGGUGGAUACCUCACUGAACAAAUAUCCAGUGAUAUGCAUCCUAAUUUUUCUAGUGACAUCAAUUCACAAAGAAAUCUAACGGAGCAAUAUCACACUAAUACGGAAUUAACCAAUAAUUUAAAUCAUCCAAAUCAUCUACCCACAAUCCAUUCACAUCUGCAUUCAGAUAACUAUAAUUACUCCAAUAGGAGAUUUCAUUGUCCAUCAGAAAUAAGUCCCUUAGAAAUGGGUAGGAAAUUCCGAAAUUCCGACGAUGAAUUAGAUGAGACGCAAAACAAUGAUACUGUAACACACACGUAUAUGCAUAGUCGACGUAGAUCUUUAACUGUUCACGAAAAUGAUAGGAUGAAUGAUUAUGCUAUAAAAGAAUCCCAUUUUGAACAUUCGAAAAAUACAAGACUAGAUAGUUCAUACAAGGAAAGGGAAUUUUUAAGUCAAGAUACGCUUGGUGAGAUGUUGGAAGACUUGGGGGUUAUAGUACAACAAAUUGGAGAGCGAGCUGUGGUAAGAAAACAACAGAAUUACGCAGAUGGCCAACCACUCAAUCUAUCCGACUUUGGAAAUAGUAAGCAAGGUUCUGGUUCUACUAAUAAUCAGCCUCUUCAUACCAAAACUGAAGUAGGUGUGCCACCCAUUCAACUACCAUCAAUGGCAACAUUGGCUUCAAGUAGUGUGAGCACACCUAGCAUUGAGGGGAGUACUUCAGGUUGCAUUUCAAAUGCUGGACUUCAGAUUAUGUCUCCUCAUUUGUCUGCAGCGUCUUUACACGGUGUAUUAUCUUUGAAAUCCCAUGCCUACAAUCAGUCUGGUACAUUAGUGUCAAACGCUGAGACUUUAAUUACAGGAAAUCCACCUGCCAUUAUCUCAAAUGCUUCUCGGACAACUGAGCAGUCAGUAUACAAUUCAGCUACUAAUAACUACCGUCGAACUGCACCUGUAUGGUCUUGUGAGUCGAUGUGUUGCUCAUUUACUCAAGAGAAUGAACUUGGUAAAGCCGAUCGAUCUUGUUCGAGUAACAAUUUUUCUCCUCAAGUUAGUCAAACAAGAAUUUCUCAGGCUACAGGAAACUACGGAAACGAAACAAAUGGUGACAUCAAUCAGUGUUUUUAUCCAAAAGAUUUGAGCACUAGAGUGUUAUCUUUUAGUACUCGUCCAGACUCUGUCUGUCAGUCACCGAUUUCACCAAAAUCUUUCGCACACGCUGAACCCCGCGAUCGUAACUUCACAUACAUGGUACCUGAAUCACUAACGAACCAUCCAGUUCAUUUGUCUUCCAAAACCUCAUCACUGGGUUCUUUGAUAUCGGCAACAGAGGCAGUUGAUCAUCUGCGUUCUUUGUCUGCUUUAGGAGCAAAGUAUACGGCAAGUCUUGAGCCACCAGAUGAGAAAAAAUAUCAAUCCUACCAACGUUUGGGUCCUAGUAACUUUAGUUUUAGUCACUCCCAAAUUCAUUCAAACAGUUCGCCGCUACAUAAUUCCUCAGAACAUAAUGAAUCAGUAGCUUCACAAAUAUCGCGCAAGUCGGCACUGAUUCCAGCUACAAGUGCACUUGGCCCCAAUAUUCCAUCAGCACUGAACAAUCUCCUCUAUCGUGGUCAAAAAUCAAGUGAAUAUCUCAGUUCCGUAUCUGGAAUAACCAGUAGUGGAUCAAAUCACGAUAACUCUAUUAGUACUCCGACAUCUGCGACCCCCACUAAAAAUAGGAGUAACGCUCAUAAUGAUGAUGAAUUUUCAUCAGUCGUCAAAUCAUUUGACAUCGAAAAUCAUGUCAAAAUACCUUUUAACGGGAACAGAUGCACUAAAAGAUCACUCAGCUGUUCGCCUUGUUACUAUCGCCUCAUAGCUGUUUCAGCCACCUGAAAUAAUAUCUCACUUUCAGAUAAAAGUAACGGAGUGUUCUGUUACAAUUUGGAUGUUCGCAAUAAGAUGACUAUUGAACACCACUGCAUUUGGUAGUUUGAGUGACUAUUCGUCUGCUGCUGCAGCCGCUGCAGCUUACCAUCAAUUAUCACGUUGUGCUAAUAACAGCAAUAAUACUGUUAAUCGUAGUGAAUUAUCAGUACAUAAUAAUUAUACUUCAUCAUCAUCUCCAUCUAUGUCUGUACGAUCCAGCCUACAAGAACUAUAUCAACAACAACAACAACAGUUAACUGCCCGACCACCAAUUCAGGAAUUGACAACACGACAACUUUUAUCUGAAGCAGCUGCAACAGCUUAUGCUCAUGGUUUAGGUCGGUGUGAUGGCCAAAGCUCCAGCGGCCUAUCUAUUCCAUCCAUCCAACAAGGAAGCCAAGCUGAAAGCUUACAAUGUGAUAAUCCAUAUAAUACCACUGGAUUUUCAUUUUCUCCAAAUCAGUAUCGUUAUCAGUCAGUUCAUAAUAAUAAUCAAUACAACACACAGUCAUCAGUAUCUUCCAGCAGUCGGUUACUUAAUGAACAUAUAUUAUCUAACAAUAAUUCAGCUAGUGAAUAUUCUCAUUCAAACUCAAAGUAUUUAGAACAUAAUCCCGGUGGUACGAGCAUACGUGAUAAUAAUUACUCCCUUUAUCCAUCUCAUCUUCCUCAAACGACACCAUAUGGUGUGCAUAACGCAUUAUCUAGGUCUAUGGAAGAAGCUCAACUGAACACUACAAGUCAACUUGUUCACUCCAUUCAUGGAGUGUCUGGUUUAGCUGCGGCUGAAGCUGCAGCAGCAGCCGCUUAUGCAUACCGUCAGUAUCAUCAACAACAAACUCAAGCUACAAAUCGUCAAAAUUUAAUUCCUCAACCACCAAGUGCACAUACUCAUUAUCAAAAUUUACUAAAUCAAAGCAAUCGCUCCUAUUAUACAGGACAAAUAGAAGAAAAUUCGUCUCAGAGAGAUUUAACUCUAUACACCGCACACUCAGAAAGACGGGAUCCAAAAGCUGCAUAUCUCGCUGAGACUUAUCGAAAUGCUCAAGUUGCACCAGGUCGAUUUUUCUUUGAUUUCAUCAAGCACGAUGCUCAUUCAAACAGAAAUAAAUGGAUACCAACUCAGUUGUGUUUUUUAAAUCCCUUGAAGUUAUUUCUUCACUUUAUUAUGUAAGCCCACAGCAUACUGUGAAACAUAACUUUUAUAGAUUUAUUGUUCCUAUACUUCUACCAUACUACUGUUAAUAGAAAUCAUUACCGUUAAGAUUUUAUGCAGAAGAUCCCCAUAGCUGAUAAUUAAGUUGGUUUAAACACUACCUCACUUUAUUCCUAUUCUUGUUAAUGAUUGAAUCUUCCUGCUUUCAUUCACACUUCUGAUGAAUUUCAGUGUUGAGCAAAAAUGCAUGAAAGAUCAAGUUAGCGGCUAUCUUUAGUUUUAUUAUUAAUUAUGAAAUGGAAGUGAAAAAAAGAAGAAAAUCCGUUUUUCUAUUGCUCAUGUUUAUUAACUUACUACUUACAUUGUAUUGUGUAUGUCUGAGAAAUUGCUUCUAUUGCCUUUCUUUUCCAAUGUCUUUUUAAAAAAAAACAUUUACGACUUUUAAUCAACAGAUAAUGAUAGGCCAACUGAAUAAUCGCAAACGCAUUUACGUGCAAUAUACAACCAAUUACUCAUAUAUUACUACUAAUUGUUAUUGUUUCACUGUACUUUACUUCUGACUACAAUUACUACCGUUCUUUUUUCUCUUUAUACGUGAAACGUUAACACUUAUUCUUUUUAUCAUCAGAAAAAUAUACACAAUCUCAGUUACAUGAACGACUGACUGAAUAGUGAUAUCAGUAAACAUUACCGUUAUGCAACGCUGUACAGAAUAUUCUUGUUCGUUUAGUUCAGUCGUUUCGUCGUACACAUUUUUCGUUGUCCCAUUGUAAUAAUAACGUUUACUGUGCUCCUUUAGCUAACUUUGAUGGGGUUCGAGUGCAUAACACUUUACUUCAUGCAUACAAAGUAUACAACAAAUAACUGAAGUGUAUAUAAACGAAGUGAUAUAAUUUUAGCUAUAUUAUAAGUGUAUUACCAAUUUUAUCACACAACCACUUUUUUACGCAUGGACAUAUCAGAAAGGUCAGUCACACAACACUUCUUUUUAAUGAAAACGAUAUGUUUAGUGCAUUAAAUAGCAAUGAUAAUAAACUAGACUAUUAAAUGACUUACUUUUAAGCUGACUCCCUUUUUAAACUCUAGGGCAUAUAAAUAUAAAAUACCAACUACUCUCAGUAUUUUACCUUUACUAUAUUUUUCGUGUACGUGUCUACCCAGUAUAGCAUCACAAUCAAUAAUAUCAUCAUUGUUGGUUACAUGGUGUAUAUUAGGAUGAGUAAUUUUUAUCACAACUGUUAUAUUACACUGAUUUUUAAUCAAUUAUUACAAACUAUGUAAAAAGUCCUUUUCAACAUUCUGAACCAAUUAUAAUCAUUAAUAUUGUCCAAACUGUUAUUACUUGUCACCGCCACCAUUUCUGGUGUCUCUUACCACUUGUCUUUUCUAUGUACUUGGAAAUAGACGUACGCACCUCUGCAAAUGUUUUACAUCGAUUCCCAACGAAAAAUGCUCCUACUGAGUACUUUACCCUCUAACGAAUAUGCAUAAACCCUUAUAUACAUAUGCCUAUAUGUUUUUUUUCUGUGUACCUUUUUCCCUUUUUCAAAAAUGAUACUCUUAUUCUGUUUUUAAAAAAUUUGUUUCACCUUUUCUUAAUUUAUCGAAAUAUUGUUUAAAAAGGUUAUGUCGAUGAUAGAAAAGAAGAAACAAGGUAUUUCUACAUAACUAUAUAUACAUAUAUUAUAUACAUACAAUAAACACCUGAAUACU